AUGGUCGGCCGCCUCGCAGCGGCACGAGCUGCGCGCGCUCUGUCGUCUGCAGAGCGCUUGGGAACGACAGAGUUUUUCGGUGCGCUUCCACCGCGAUUUCCGUGCGCGCUUCACCGGCAGGGAUCGAUGCGUGGUGGCUCAGAGCGGCUUGGAGCGGUCGUGGACGUUGGCGACGUGCGCGAGCUGGACGAGGAGGGCGCGGGGCUGGUACUGGACGCGCUUCGUGCGCACGGGAUCAUAGUCAUCAAAGGCCAGCAACUCACUCGCGCCGAACAGGUCAGAUUCACUGGCAUGCUUGGCGAGACGAUCAUCCUGCCGCCGAGCUUUGAGGGCCGAGACCCAGAGCCAAACCAACCAGCGAUCCAGCGCGUCACAAAUUUUUGGGCGGACGGGAGCUGGAAGGGUCCUGCAGGCGUCUUCGGGACGUACUGGCACCAGGAUGGCCAAUUCUGGCAGGCGCCUUUGCAUAACAUCAUGUCCAUGCUCUAUAGCGCUGCGCUGCCGCCGUCGGGCGGCCAGACCGGAUUCGCCGACUUGCGCGCUGCGCGCGCCACGCUGUCCACCUCGUUGCUCGAGGAGGCAGCACGUUGCUCCAUCCGCGCGUCGGUGCGCAACAUCGCCGACUUUGCCAAGGGGACCGAGGAGGAUCUUGCCCUCUUUCCCGACGUGAGCCACCCCAUGCUCUCGACACAUCUGCUCGACGGCGGCGCUCUCCUCUACCUGGGCUCGCAUGCAAUGGAAGUGGAGGGGAUGGAGAGCGCUGAGGACGGGAGGGUGCUGCUGACGAGACUGCUGGCGCACACGACAGAGACGCCCGAGUUCACGUACUUCCACACGUGGGAGCUCGGCGACCUGCUCAUCUGGGACAACACGCAAGUCCUCCACCACGGCUUCCCGUAUGAGAACAACGGCAUCAAUCGGCGCGAGAUGUACCGCUCACAGGCAAGGAUGCGGAGCGCGAGCCCUGGUCGGUCGGGCGGAUGCAUAUAUGGGGCACGGUGA